AUGUCAGACCAAUCGCAAUCCGAAUGUCCGGUCGACCAUAAAAGUAGAGAGGCAUGGCUUCAACAAGCCCGAGCCGCCGGCGCCACGGAGGGAGGACCAUCCAUACCGUCGCAAUCCCUACCGCCAGAUCACCCCUCCAUUCCGAGUACCGCUUCGACAGAGAACAUAGAAAGCUGUCCCGUAGACCACAAGGCGCGCGAAGCCUGGCUGCAACAAGCCGCCCGAGCAGCUCCCCCACCUCAUCCGCCCUCCCAACACCAACAACCACCGGCAACCUCGACCCCGACCUCGUCCUCAUGGACAUCCUACCUCCCACGCAUACCAUUCUUCUCCUCUCCCUCUUCCUCGCCCACACACCCCCAACAAGCCAUAUUGCCACCAAACCACCCCUCCCUAGACACAUCCCGAGAAAUCUCCACGAUACCCCGGUCCUCGAAACCCCUCCUCGACCACACCGAGACCGCGCGCCCUGCCAACACAGAGCAGGAGACCGGCGCGGACGCCGCGUCGGGGAACUGGGUGUAUCCCUCGGAGCGCAUGUUCUUCGAGGCCAUGAAGCGCAAGGGCCACGACCCGCGCGCCGCGGACAUGCGCGCCGUCGUGCCCAUCCACAACGCCGUCAACGAGCGCGCGUGGGCCGAGAUCAAGGCUUGGGAGGAGCCGUACGUGAGGGGCUCUACCUGCGGCGGUCCACGGCUACACUCUUUCUCCGGUCUGAGCACCCAGAUGUCCCCUCGAGCCCGCAUAAAUACCCUGUUAGGCUACCAGGCCCCCUUCGAUCGACACGACUGGGUUGUGGAUAGAUGCGGCAAGGAGAUCGAGUAUAUCAUCGAUUUCUACGCUGGGCGGAAUAGCAAGACUAGCGAUGGGAGGCUGUCUUUUUAUCUAGAUGUGCGGCCCAAAUUAAACUCCUGGGAAGGUGUCAAGAUGCGGGCUAUGCGAGCUGCUGGCCUGGCAUAG